AUGCCCGUGUCCAUUGCCUUCUACCACAGCAACAAACGCGGCGACGCCAGCGCCGUGGGGUCGUCGUACCAGAGCGUCGCGCUGCACGAGCGCACAGCGGCCACGCCAGCGACAGCGCUCCCGUGCGAGUUCUACCGCAACAUAUGGGGCCCCAGCGACGAAGAGGACGCUGCGCUGCGCCGCCGCGCUCGGUCCAGCAAGAGCAUCCGCUCGUCCGCGUCGACGUCGUCGCGCCAGUACAAGAAGCGCGUGGCGACCGGUCCGCUCGUCGACAUUGCGCAGGUGGCGCACGUGGUCACGACUGUGUCGGACUUUCGCGCCGAGUACGAACGCGACGACGAGGCAGCGACGCAGCGCGUGAACCUCUGGGACGACGGCAGUCUCGCGGCCGUUGACGCAGUUCAGCACAGUAAGAGCGCGUGUGACCCUGCGAGCGACAGUCCCGAGUCGCACGGCAGUCGCGCCAAUCGGAUCACGGAGGUCAGUUGCGAAGACAGCGACGACGAGCUCAGUGGCUUGGGGUCGUCGGUUUUGAACCGCCAUUGGCCAGGACAGCUCAAGCGCGUGAACACGCCCGAGGUCGUGCGGCCCAGCACGGGGAAGCACGUGGCGAGCGGGCGACACGGCAGCAACAAGAAGGAGCGCUCGCUGGGCAGCGCGCCGGUCCCGCCGCCGUCGUCUCACAAUGGCAGCGUCAUCUUUAGCGACGUGUUCUCGGAGCAGCGCGAGUGGACGUGGAGCGCCAAGUUUCUCCUGGGCAUCCACGAACCCAUUCGACACGCGCUGUUUGUGAUGGACCGCUUCUUGGAGCAGUCGCAGAGUCAGGCGAAACCCGACGCGGCCGAGACGUUGGCUCUGGAGACGCACGUGGCCGAGUUCUUUGGGUGGUUCAAGACGUACUUUGUCGAGUACCUCCAGUGCCAGCACGACGUCAAGGUGACUGUGCUGCUGCCGCUGCUCAACUUGCCCGUGUCGACGAAGCAGCAGAUCGUGGAUGUGUACCAGGACAUUUCGCAGCUGCUGGCGCAGAUCCAGCAGCUCGAACGCGCGCUGUGCGUCAGUGGAGCAUGCAGUGCGUCGUCGUGGCUCUUGCGGCUGCAGGUGCUGCAGACGGAGAUUCGACAGCUGAACCGCACGCUGCAUACGACGUUGAACAUGGAGGAGACGACGUUGCACGCUGCAAUGGGCGCAGCGUUCACUGAGGGCGCGUUCCAGAGCCACAUUAUGCCGCGUAUCUUUCGCGCGAUUCGCGCCAAGCGUGUUGUCGUGCCGUGGAUUGUCGAGCGCAGCAAGAUCUGGGGAGGAGAGACGGAGCAGCACAGCAUCAAGGGCAUGCUGCCGUUCUCGGCAAAGUUCAUGUACCGCAAGAUCUGGCGGCCGUACUUUAUGAGCAACGUCGCGGUGGCCAUGAAGAACCUCAACGAGUUUGUCAGCUCGGCGGGCCCGAACAGCAGUGUCAGCAGCUCCUCGACGUAUUGCAGCGAACGCCAUGGCGAGAUGUGCUCGAUCAUGUGA